UGUAAUGGUAAGGUCCACUUGCUAAACCGGCGCCAACCGCCUUCACUUUUUAAAAUUCUCUCUUCCAUCGAGCGUCUAACGGUCAACCCAGAAAAAUUUCGAUCUGAUUUUACACUUUUCGUUGAGUUUUACCACAAAAACGACAAAAAAUGCGUGAGUGCAUCUCGAUCCAUGUUGGCCAGGCCGGUGUUCAGAUUGGGAAUGCCUGUUGGGAACUCUACUGCCUUGAACAUGGCAUCCAACCGGAUGGCCAGAUGCCCAGUGACAAGACCAUUGGAGGAGGGGACGACUCCUUCAACACCUUCUUCAGUGAGACUGGAGCAGGAAAACAUGUCCCUAGAGCAGUUUUUGUGGACUUGGAGCCCACUGUUAUCGAUGAAGUGCGCACCGGCACCUACCGCCAGCUGUUCCACCCGGAGCAGCUGAUCUCUGGGAAGGAGGAUGCUGCUAACAACUACGCCCGUGGACACUACACAAUCGGCAAGGAGAUCAUUGAUCCUGUUCUGGACAGGAUCCGUAAACUGGCUGACCAGUGCACCGGGCUUCAAGGCUUCCUGGUUUUCCAUAGCUUUGGUGGAGGAACCGGCUCUGGUUUCACCUCCCUGUUGAUGGAGCGCCUCUCUGUGGAUUAUGGCAAGAAGUCCAAGCUGGAGUUCUCCAUCUACCCAGCUCCUCAGGUGUCCACAGCUGUAGUGGAGCCUUACAACGCCAUUCUCACCACCCACACCACCUUGGAGCAUUCAGACUGUGCUUUCAUGGUGGACAAUGAGGCCAUCUACGACAUCUGCCGCAGGAACCUGGACAUUGAGCGUCCAACCUACACCAACCUGAACAGGCUGAUCAGUCAGAUAGUGUCCUCCAUCACCGCAUCUCUUCGCUUCGAUGGUGCUCUGAACGUGGACCUGACAGAGUUCCAGACCAACCUGGUGCCUUAUCCUCGGAUCCACUUCCCGCUGGCCACUUAUGCCCCAGUCAUCUCCGCUGAGAAGGCGUACCACGAGCAGCUCACCGUGGCUGAGAUCACAAACGCCUGCUUUGAGCCAGCCAAUCAGAUGGUGAAAUGUGACCCUCGCCACGGCAAGUACAUGGCCUGCUGCCUUCUGUACCGAGGUGACGUGGUGCCAAAAGAUGUUAACGCGGCCAUCGCAACCAUCAAAACCAAGCGCUCCAUCCAGUUUGUGGACUGGUGUCCCACUGGUUUCAAAGUUGGCAUCAACUACCAGCCGCCCACUGUGGUUCCCGGAGGAGACCUGGCCAAGGUGCAGAGGGCUGUGUGCAUGCUGAGCAACACCACAGCUAUCGCCGAGGCCUGGGCACGGCUCGACCACAAGUUUGACCUGAUGUACGCCAAGAGGGCCUUCGUCCACUGGUACGUGGGUGAGGGCAUGGAGGAAGGGGAGUUCUCCGAGGCCAGGGAGGACAUGGCAGCUCUGGAGAAGGAUUAUGAAGAGGUGGGAGUCGACUCCAUCGAGGGAGAAGAUGAGGAAGGAGAAGAGUACUAGACUGACUAGCGAGCCAAAAGUUACCAGAUGUUUGUUCCGGUGUCUGUUAAAACUGAAAUAAAGAAAUCUCUUUUUUUCAGUGUUUAUUAGUGUUUUCCUCUGAGCUGAGAUGUGUUGAAAAUGCUUCUGUCAAAAGGUUUAGUUGCAUUUUGUUUUUUUAUUGAAUAAACAGUUUGUGUUCA